AUGGAAAUGCUUUAUACAAAAUUGUUCAAUUAUAAAAAAAGAGCUAAAAAGAAGAAUCUGGGCAUUUUUUGUGAUAUCAUAAUUAUUAAAGUUUUCGUACUAUUUUUAUUUUUAUUGUUAAUGAAAAAUGAAGAGAGAGAUAUAUAUGAAAAAAGCGUGACUAUUUUUAGCAAACCUGGGCAGUUCUUGUUUGAUGUAUUUUUUGAGUUAAAUGAUGUGGAUCAAAUUAUUAUGAUAAGAGAAAUAGAUAAAAAAGAAGGAAAGCUUAUAAAAUGCAUAAAUGAAGAAUGUAGACACAGUAUUUUUACACAUUACAGCAAUUACUAUUUCAACGUUAUUAAAGGAGGAAGUUAUGACGUAUGGAACAUAAAUUCUGUUAAUAAAAAAUGGCUGGAACUAACCCAUAAUAAUACGAAUAAGAAUGAAAUAGCAUUUCAAAAGAGAAUACAGAGUUUUAGAAUUUUAUCUGAGGAAAAAAAGACAGUAAAAAAGAGAAAAAAAAGGGACAUAGUUAAAGAGGAGGAUAUAUAUGAAUUAAAGGAUGAUGACGAACAUAAGAAUCAGUUGCCUACUGCAUCAAAUGAGGUGUCAGAAGGAAUUAUAUUUUUUUGUUUCAUAUUUAUAUCAGCAACAAUGUUACAAUUUAUUUUAUCAAAAAUCCACCAAUUAAAUAUUCCAGUAUCGGUUAUUUGGUUUUUAUAUGGAAUGUGUACAUAUUUGAUAGCAAAAAAUUUGAACGUGGUUGAGGAAAAUACUUUGCAUAAGUCUAUAAUUAAUGCAAGGAAUAUUGAUUCGUCUGUUUUAUAUUUUAUAUUGUUACCAAUACUGUUAUAUGAAGCCACCCAAGAUAUUAAUUAUUACGCUUUUAAGAAUUUUUUAUAUGGUGGAAUAGGGUUAGCAGUUGUGGGUGUAGCAUUACAGGUAGGUAUAUUAGGAAUAUUGUUUUAUUAUUCUUUUAUGUACAGACAAGAACAGUCUCCUUUAUCUAGUAGUUUUUUAUUAGCUUCCAUAUUAUCAUCAACGGAUCCUGUUGCAGUAUUAUCGAUUUUAAAUGUAGUUGAAGCUCCAUCCAAAAUUAGUUCUAUGUUUCAUGUGGAAUCUUUAAUAAAUGAUGGGAGUUCUGUUUUACUAUUUCAAUUUUUUUUUUAUUUAACAAUAGGAUAUAAAGCGAAUGCUUCUCAGUAUGUUAUUCUUUUUGUGAAAUUAUUAUUUUUAAGUCCUGUAUUCGGUAUAGGUAUGGCAAUGUUAACUUUUGCUUGGAUUAACUUAUAUAAGAAAUAUUAUUAUAAUCAAUGUUUAGCUACAAUAACAAUGUGUUAUUUAUGCUACUUCGUUUCGGAAUAUUAUUUUAAUUUAUCCGGCCCCCUUGCAAUAGUUUGCUAUGGUUUAUUUAUUAAUGCAUAUGGUCAUAUUGCAUUAGAUGAAAUAGCACAAAGAAAACAUAAAGAGAUAGUAGAACUAUUAUCUCUUAUGGGUAAUUCUAGUAUUUUCAUUAUAUCAGGAAUUGUAUCAUUUGGAAUGAUGGAAAAUGUAUUUAAAGAUAAUUUAUAUUUUUUUUUCUACAUUGUACUAACGUACAUUUAUUUAGUGUUUGCUCGAACAGUAAUGAUAUUGAUAUUUACUCCUUUUAUGGCACGAAUUGGGUACCCUGUUAACUGGAAAGAGAUAUUAUUAUUAAUAUGGGGUGGAUUGAGGGGUGGUAUCGUGUUAGUUCUAGGGUUACGUAUUGAAGCAGAAAAUAAAAUUAAUGAUAAAUUAACAAAAGAACUAGCCUAUUACAUCAGUGGUAGUGUGUUAUUAAUAUUAACAAUUCAAGGAUUAACAUUUGAGUGUUUAUAUAAAAUUUUAAAUGUUUACCCACCUAAUCCUUUUAGAAUUGUAUACUUAGAAAAAGUUUUAAAAAUGAUUGAUUAUAAUUUUAGUAUUAGAAAAAACAACUUAAAGAACUAUUGGCUUUUUAAAGGCACAAAUAUAUUGCACUUUUCUAAUAAAAUAGUACCUGAAUUAUAUUGGAGAAAGAUGAACAAAUAUGGAGAAUUUGAUCUAAGGUUGCCCGAUAUAUAUGCAUGUUUACAAGACAUUAGUUCUUGUAAUAUUUCUUUAUGGGAACAAGAAUAUGAUUCGCAAACAAUAAUAGAGAGUUUUGAUGAUAUUUCUUCUAACGGAAAGGAGAGUUUUUAUAACAGGAAUGGAAAUAGAAUACCAGGCAAAGAAAAAAAAGAAAAUGUAGAUAAAGAAACCGAAGAUGUAUGGAAAUUGAACAAUGGAAUGUCUAGUAUUAUCACACUUAAGGAAGUUCACAAUAAUAAGAUCUUUUCAAAUUAUGAAAGCACAGACAGGAAUAAAGACAAUGAUAGUGCAAUUGAUAAAAAAAAAAAAAGGAAAAAUAGUUUUUACAAUGAAUUAAAACGGAAGAAGAACAACUUUACUGAUAUUGAAUUUGAGGAUAAUAGUGAUGAAUACAGUUAUAUACAUAAUGAAUAUAUUAACAAUAAUAAUAAAAAGAAGAAAAAAAAAAGUAAAACCAGAAAUGGAAAUAAUAAGUAUAGAGUAGGGGAAUUUAUUACUAGAGGACGAAUAAACUAUAAUAAUUCAUUUAAGGGAGAAAUGAAAAUAAGAGUUAUUAGGAAUAAUGACAAUUAUCUUAGUAGUUAUGAUGAAGAUGAGCACAAUAAUACAAAUGUUAAUUAUUCGUUAUCAUCAAAAAAUUAUGAUAGAUUAAGUAAUAACUUAAAUGAACUUUCAGAGAAUGAUUCGUCUUAUUCUGAGAAGGUUUGUGAUAAUAGUAAAAUAAAAAAUUUAAACGCAUUUAAUUAUGAUAAGAUUUCUAUAAGAAAUUAUGAUCGCUUAAUAAAUAAAAUGAAUUAUAGAGAAUUCAAAAGAACCAAAACUGAGAAAGAAAACUUUACAGUUAUCGAUAACAUCGUAAAUAACAAUGACAUUAAGGAAACGUUCAAUCCGAAAUAUAAUUUAAGAUUAAUUGAGCAUGCUACUGAUUUUCCUAAAACAUUGAGUGAUAAUAUGCUGGUUAGAAGUAAUGUAGAUAAUGAAAAUGAGAAUUAUGAAGAUAACAGGAGCAAUGUUGCUGAUGCUAGCGAUAAAAGUAAAAAGAAGAAAAAGAAUUUUUUAAAUUUUUUAAGUGAGCACAAUGCGUUUGAAGAGAAGGGAAAGGGGAGAAAGGAGGAAAGCAAUACAGAGGAGGAGUAUCCAAUUAAAAGUAUUAAAUAUGAUAAAAUUACUAAGGAAGAGGAGAAUUUAUUAAAUGAUUACCAAAAUUUGAAAAAGAUUGGAGAAGACAAUAACGAGGGUGCCUCGCGUGUAGCUAAUUUAGAAAAAGAAGAUAACGAAUUGAUAAUGAAUGAUAAUUUUAUUAUAAAGAUUCAAAAGGAAAAAUCGCCUGAAAAUGAAAAAGGGGAAAAAGAAGAAGGAGAAGGAGAACAAGAUAAACGGAAAUAUAACGAAAAAGAAAAGGAUGAAGUAGGGAAUGAAGAUAUUCAAGAAAGAUGUAACAGUUGUGGAGCUAAUGGAGAAAUGAUAUCUGUAGAUGAUGGUAUGAAUAAUGAAGACAUAAACAACGAAAACAAUCAAGAAGAUUAUGAUGAAUAUUUAACUUAUAAAAACUUGUUUGCUUUGGAUAGUAAUGUAAAGAGAAUAUCUUCCUUUUUUAAUAGUAAUUAUAACAAAAAUAAUUAUCUGAAAAACACUGUAAAGAACUCAUCUGAGUUAAACAUUUCUACAAAGGGAACUAACAGUAAAAGUUUGGCGUUAAUGAAUAAUGAAAUAGAAAAGAGAAAAAAAAUGAAAAAUAAUAUUAAAUAUAAGUGUAAGAUAUGUAUGGGGGGUCUUCCUUUUUGUAAUAGUUCUUUAAGAAAGAAUAGUUAUUCAAAUCUAUUAAGAACAAUGGGAAGUAGGAAUGAAAAAAAUUAUGAUGAUAACAAAAAUUCCAUGUCAAAUUAUAAGUACGCAAUUAGUAACGUAGGAAAUAAUAUUGAUGUGUGUGAUGGUACAAAUGAAAUGCAAAAAUUACAAAGAAAUAAUACAACUGAUUUAAUAGCACAAAGAUAUGAUACAGAUCAAACCAUAAAUUUUGAAUGUGUAGAGGGUGUUUAUCCCAAAAAAAAUGUUCCUGCAUUUUAUAGCUUUUUGAAAAGGCCUAAAAUGAAAAUAAAAAAUAAGUUGUUCGGUGAAAUAAGAAAAGCAAGAAGUCAUGAAAGUUAUGAAAAUAAAAAGGUGAAGUCAGGUAAAUCUAAGGAUGAUGUAUUUUAUAGUUCCCUUAGAAAAAAAAUUGUUAGAAAAGAAAGAGAAGGAGAAUUAUAUAUUAUGAUUUUUAAUACAUGUAGAGAAUUAUAUAAAAAGUUGUAUGUAAACGGUUUUAUAUCAGGUGAGUGUUUAUUAACACUUACCUCUAUUCUAGAUUUAUCAGCUGAUUUUGCUUUAAAAAAAGUUAGAAUGAAUCCUAUCAAAGCAUGGGCAGAUGCAUUUGAUAAAAGCAAAAACAAAAAUAAUAACAAAAAGAGUAUUGAUCAUAGAAAUGGUUUUGAAUAUGAAUUUAAUGUGUUAUUGUCUAAAUUAAAAAUCAAUAAAAAACAUUCUUUUUUCUUUUCUCCAAAAGUGGUGAAUAUAUUUCUUGUUUACGAACAUUGUAUGAAAGAUUUACAAAUUAUAUUAUCAUAUGUUGAUGUUCAUCAGUGCACAUUAGAUAAAGGGGGGAUUACUAUGAAAUUAUUGUUAGGAAAAAAUUUGUUAAAAAGUUAUUAUAGAAAUAUAGAACUUGCAAAAAGUCUUAUCCCGCAACUUGUUAAUAAAUAUAAAGAUGUCAUAAAAUACUGCCUUAUAAAAAUAGGAGCCGACAUGUUAAUGCAUUUAAAAAAAACGAUUGUCAAUGAACAGGCAGCCAAUGGACUAUUGCUAACACAAGACAAUGAAAAAUUAAAUGGUAUAUUUGAUGAUCAGCAAAUAAAAAUUAAUAGGUAUAGACCAUAUUUACAUUAUAUCUUAAAAAGGAACAUGCUUAGGAUGCUUAUUAAGAAAUGA